UCUCCGACCCAAAACAUCGACUGACUUCCAAAGACAUGAUAAGAUAGCUCUCUCAUUAUAUCUUUCUUAUCAGUCCUGUAACGUUGAGUUCUUCUCAACAUACGUCUGAUCGACAUGGUACGAUUCCAUAUUACAAAAGAGGUUGAAAGAAUGCUUGAAUCUUUCGGCGGCUUAGAUUGCAUUGGCGGCCAAACUGUAAGCGAGCAUUACACACGCGCUUUUCGGCGCGUCGGGUUAUGUAUUCAUUCCGCUAUUUAGCGUGGUUGGGCUAAAAAGGAAAAAAAGAAGAUCACGUUUAAUAAAUGACAGCAUUCUUCUUAACAGUUUACACUUUUACCUUCUUCCCCUCAUUCAAGGUAUCAACAAUGGCUAGAAAGCAGGCCGCUUCAAACGGUCGCAAGUCUACCGCUAAUGGCAAUGGCACAAGUGCAACUAAACAUGCACAAGAAGUUGCCGAAACAAAGACUGCUCACGAUCAGAUCAAACGUGCUCAAGACACGGAUUACAAACAUUCUUACGGUCAUGUAGAUAUGCGUGAUGAACAAAUUAUUGGAGGAGGAAAGGAGCGAGCUUUGGUCCGCUACAACCCAGGUAUCGUAAUCUCUGAGAAAGGUCGUGAAAGCGAUAAAAAAUUGGACGAGCAUGAAGAAUACGAAUUCGGUGGACCCUGGGGUGUCACUGCAAUGAUGACUUUGUUCCCUGUUUUGAUGUAUUACCUUUGGAUCUGCUUAUGGUUCUAUGAUGGACAAUUUGUCAUGCCAAAGAGUAUUGAUGAUAUUCCCGCCUUUUUCUCACGUAUGGGACAACACGUCUAUGAGGAUGCUUUCCCAACCGUACGUGCUUUCCGUGAUUAUGGUGGUUUGAUGGUAUUCCAAUUCGUUUUGGCUGUUAUUGUGCCAGGUUACAUGCAAGAAGGACUGCCCGUCCCAUCCCUCAACUACAAGACUUUAAUGUACAAGUGCAACGCUUUGGGAUGCUUCUACAUCACGCUUAUCGUCAGUGCAGCCCUUCAUUUGAGUGGUCUUUAUCGUUUGACGACGAUCAUCGAACACUUUGGUGAAUAUAUGACAGUGUCUAUGAUUGUAGGUUUUGCUGUCAGCUUUAUCACGUACUUCCACGCCGUCUGGACCAACACGGCGCACAGAAUGAGUGGCAACUUUGCUUAUGACGUUUUCAUGGGUGCUGCAUUGAACCCUCGUAUCGGUCCCGUUGAUCUCAAGAUGUGGUUGGAAGUGCGUAUUCCUUGGGUGUUGUUAUUCUUGAUCUCCGUUAGCGGUGCAUGCAAGCAGUACGAAGUGUAUGGAUACGUCACGCCCAACAUGGCUUUCAUGGUUUUGUGCACAGGAUUGUACAUCAAUGCAUGUGCUAAAGGAGAAGAAUGCAUUCCUCAAACAUGGGAUAUGUUCCACGAGAAAUGGGGUUUUAUGGUCAUCUUUUGGAACUUUGCCGGAGUUCCUUUCACAUACUGCUACAGUAUCGUUUAUAUGGCCGCUCAUCCACCGCAUUAUUACCGUUUCAGUACGCCAACGUACAUUGCCAUGUAUUCGCUUUUGAUCUUUGUUCAUUGGGUCUUCGAUUCGUCUAUGGCACAAAAGUCUCGCUUCCGUAUGCAAUUGCAAGGUACAUUGAAGAUCAGAAAUGCGUUCCCGCAAUGGCCAUGGUCAACGUUGAGUGAUCCACGUUAUUUGCAAACUGAACAUGGAAAUGCUCUCUUGAUUGAUGGUUGGUGGCAAUACUUACGCAAGCCAAACUACUCAGCCGAUUGGACCCAAUCCUUCCUUUGGGGAGCAUGUGCUGGAACAAGAAGCAUUAUUCCUUACUAUUACGCUUUGUUCUUCUUGGCCGUUUUGACACAUAGAUGUGGUCGUGACUUUGAACGUUGUGCACGUAAAUACGGUAAAGAUUGGGAAAAGUAUUGCAAGAUUGUUCCUUAUCGAUUCAUUCCGUUUGUGUAUUAAUUGGUAUGAAUAUACUGAUACCCUUCACACUCUCAAUAGAGUACGAUUCUCUCUCCACGCUCAUUACCCAUUACUAUCUUGAACAAACAUUCCCGCUCUUUUGCAUCAUUUGCUUUUGAGUACUUUGUAAGAUAGGUUCUCAGCCGCAUUCAAUAAAAUGUAGUACCUACGA